UCCAUAAAUGGAAGUAUGUCACUAAACCAAUGUUCUUUUACAGAAGGUAUUAUGAUACAUGCUGACUAGAUAACGUCCUCAACAUCAACACAGUUGUGCCUCGAAGACUUGUGGCGAGCUACAGUUUUUUGGGGUAUUGCGUGUGCAUAUUUUCUGCCAUUGUACAUGCAAGCUGUCUAGAUGCAGCUCUAUUUUUUUAGUCAGUGUUUUAAAAUCAGUGUCCUAUGAGAUUGUAAAAGCUCAAAGGCCUCAUAUUUGUAUCUUGUGAAAAAAAUGAGUUGUUGGAUGAAACAUUGAAAUAAGAAACUCUUAAUAUUAAUAUAGUGGAUGUUAACUGCAACUGAAACUAUACAGGUGUCUUCAGGCAUUCUAAACGCAUUCGAUUGUGAUCUGGCUCAUCAUGUGAUGUAAAUAUGACUGCGCCCAUGAGGGGGCGACCUGCACAGCGUAGAAUAAAUGUUUGUUUGUUUUUGUUUUAUGGUAGACUGAUGUGUGUAGUCAUAAACAUAAUUUUAAUCAUAUUUAUCAAGUCCUGUUGUUUGUAUAAAACACCUUGUGCUUUUUUGUUUGCAAAACAUUAACAAUAGUGAACAUUGGUAUUUUUAUGCUAAUAACGGUAGGCUAUUUUUACAGCAGCACAGAUAUUUCAUUAGUAGGCCUAGUUUUUGUAAUCUAUCUGGGAAUAUGUGUAAAACUGCAGGUCAAUUCUCUGCAAGAGCUCUUCUUGUUGUGCAUGGCUCAGACUUUUGACCGUGGAAAUGUUGUAAGAGUCAGACCUAAAUAUAACUAAAGACCACCCUCUUGACUUCUGAGAGCGCGUGCACACUUUGCGCUCAUGUGAGGAGAGAGCGCGCGGGUUCCUUCAGCAAGUGUCACACCAAAACAGCGAUAAUAAGUUGAGAACUCGCCAACAGCGCUGGAAGAUGGAGGAGCAUUCUGUUGUAAAAAAGCGCUCUGUGGCUGAACUAGCUGGAAAAUUCAGUUGUCCAAAACCCAAUACGACAGAUGCUGAAGUGAACAAGCCUGUGCGGAGGAGACCCCCACGCUCGCUCCCGCUGCCUGCUAGUAAUGAUGCAGCUCAAGGCCAAGAUGAGAAAGGAGCUGAAACAGUAUCACCCAGGAAGAACAGAAACUCUGCCCUUAUUGAGAAACUGCAGGCCAACCUUGCGCUUUCUCCCACGGGGCCACUGCCCUUCCCAAAGAGCCCAGGGGCGUUGAAGUUACCGGUGCCUUCCUUCUCCCCCGGCUCUCCCAGCAGCCCCUCUAGUCCUCCUGCAAUUGUCACACCCAAACAGGAGGAAACUCCUGCCAGCUUUGAGAAUCCCACAGAGGGAACUGUUCUCAAAAGCAUCAUUAAGGGUAGAGCUCGACAUUCCAUCAAGCGGCGACCACCGUCUCGCCGAAACAGGAAGUCUAGUGCCGAUGAAGAGGAAGAUAAAACAGCCUCGGCAACCCUCGAACCCACGACUCCAAAUGGACACGAAGGGGAUGUGUUUGAAAAUCAGAAGGCGUCACCAGACACAGAAUCUCUCUCCUCUAAAGAACAGAUUGAGCAGGAAACUAAAUCGACAGAUUCAGAGAAGGCGGAACCAGAGGGAAAAGUGGAGACUGUGACUUCAGAAAAGAAAGAGGGAGAAGAGCUGAAGGAAGAGAAGAUGGAACAAGAGCUAAAGGAAGAGAAGAUGGAGCAAGAGCUAAAAGAAGAGAAGAUGGAACAAGAGCUAAAGGAAGAGAAGAUGGAGCCAGAGCUGAAGGAAGAGAAGAUGGAGCCAGAGCUGAAGGAAGAGAAGAUGGAACAAGAGGUAAAGGAAGAGAAAGAUGAGGCUGAACCACAGCUGGCUAACAGUACAGAAGAAACAUGUGAGGAGCCAGUCAUGGUACCUCAUGGAAAACCACAGACAGAACCUGACACAACCGAUGAGAAACAAGAGGAACAGAAAGAUGAUGUGAACCAUUAGAACCAAGGAUUUAAUUGAGAAGAAGGUCAAAUCAACUGGCUCAUGCCGAACGCACUGCUUAAGCAAAGCAAAGACAUCAGGAGAAAAGAUGAAUAGUUUGGUAUUAGGCUUCUAGUCUAUGUCAAACAGUUGAGUCGUUUGAAUGUGGAAGUGAAUCCUUCAGAUGCAGAGAACAACAGUAUAUUCCCUGUACAGUUGUGUUGAUAUUUUGAUAAUACCUCUGAUCUGAGCCGCUUGUAUGAAUUUUACACGUAAAUUUGGUUUUGAGAUUAUACUUUUUGCAUAUCA